UCAAAUUUUCAUAGGAUCAAAGUAUAAAAUAAUUUACAACCUUUAACUGGUGGAAAUCUAUUUGAACUGGUGAUUUUUCGAUGAUGAUGUCCUGGGAUGAUUUGAUUCUAAUGAAUCAACGGACGCAGAGCAUUGAGGGCCAGGAUGGCGAUUAUUUCGAGUCGUACGCCCGUUUGGAUACGCACAUGACCAAGCUAAGGGAUUCGGUUUGCACGCAGGCCUUUUACGAUGCCAUCUUUCAGAAUAGUGACCUCUUUAGGGACAAGAUCGUCCUGGACGUGGGCUGUGGCACUGGUUUACUUUCUCUUUUUGCUGCCCAAGCGGGAGCCCGUAGAGUUAUAGCCGUGGAGUGCUCGGAUAUGGCGGAUAUAGCCAAGGAAAUUGUGCAGGAUAAUGAAAUGGAUGAGCAGGUGCAUGUGGUCAAGGGAUUGGUGGAGCAGGUUGAACUGCCAGAUGGAAUUCCGCAGGUGGACAUCAUAGUAUCCGAGUGGAUGGGCAACGCUAUCUAUAUGGAGGCCAUGCUGAAUUCCGUGCUAUUUGCCCGGGACAAAUGGCUAUCCCGCCGCGGUCUAAUCCUGCCCAGCAUUGGAAACCUCUGGUUGGUGGGAGCUCAAGAUUCGCAUAGGCUGGCCAAUCUGAACUUUUGGCAGAGUGUCGAGGGCUUCGAUAUGAGCUGUGUCCGCAAGCCAAUUUCCCGGCAGCCCCUGGUGGAUUGUGUGGCCCUCCAGCAGUUGCUCACCGACGAGUGCUUCAUUCACUCCACGCACCUGGGAUUGGCUCGCAAUGAGCCCGUGGUCUUCCGCUCCAACUUCCAACUGACUGUGCAGCGAGCUGGGAUCAUCAAUGUGUUGGUCCUGUACUUCGAUGUGGGUUUUCCUGUGGGCAAAUCGGAAAAACCCGUGGUUCUAUCCACCUCGCCGCGGUCACCGUGGACGCACUGGGAGCAGACACUGCUCCACCUAGACGAACCGCUUUUCGUGAAGGCCAACGAUCGGGUGCGCGGAGUGCUGGCCAUGAUGCCCAGUGGGCUGGACGGGCGCUGCAUGAACUUUGACCUCAGCAUCAGCUUCCGGGGCGAUCGGACGCGGGUGGAGAGCUUCAAGAGCUUCAGCUCGGCGGGAUCGAAGUGCGAUGUGAGGCGCCCCAAUCAAUCGGGAAAAUAAAACUAGA